AUGGAAGUCACCAGGAGCAAUUUUAAGGAAAAUUUACAGAAAGUUUAUCUAGCGAUUGAGGAGGCAGACUUCUUGGCAAUUGAUGGAGAAUUUUCAGGAAUAAGUGAUGGUCCAUCUGUUAGCACUUUGACAAAUGGUUUUGAUACACCAGAAGAACGGUAUUUGAAGUUGAAAAAGCACUCAAUGGACUUUUUACUAUUUCAGUUUGGUCUAUGCACUUUUAAAUUUGAUAUCACAGAAUCAAAGUACUUAAUGAAAUGCUUCAAUUUUUAUAUUUUCCCAAAGCCUUUCAACAGAAAUUCCCCAGAUAAGAAGUUUGUUUGUCAGAGCUCAAGUAUAGACUUUCUAGCUAACCAGGGUUUUGAUUUUAAUAAAGUUUUUCGUAAUGGAAUUCCGUAUUUAAAUCAAGAAGAGGAAAGACUACAAGAUCAGUAUGAAGACAAACGAUCUCAGUCAAAUGGAGCAAGCACAAUGUCCUAUGUGUCUCCUAAUGCACCAAAAACUCCCGUUAAUGAUGAGCAAAAAGGUUUUAUUGAGAAAAUGGUAGAAAAAGCAGAAGAGUUUUUAAAAGAUGAAAGAAAAAGUUUGGAAAUGGAACCUUGCACCGGAUAUCAGCGGAAACUUAUUUAUCAGACAUUGAACUGGAAAUAUCCACGAGGCAUUCAUGUAGAGAAGCUGGAGUCAGAGAAGAAAGAGAGGUAUAUUGUGAUCAGCAAGGUGGACGAAGAUGAACGGAAGAAGAUUGAGCAGUUAAAACAAGAAAAAGAGCAGGAAGAGUUAAACGAUGCUGUGGGAUUUUCUCGAAUCAUUCACGCAAUCUCAACCUCUGGUAAACUUGUGGUCGGUCACAACAUGCUACUCGAUGUCAUGCACACAAUACAUCAGUUCUUCUGCCAGCUACCGGAUGACUUAAAUGAAUUUAAAGAAGUAACUAACUGCGUCUUCCCAAGGGUGUUGGAUACCAAGUUAAUGGCCAGUACACAACCAUUUAAGGAAAUUAUUUAUAAUACAUCCCUUGCCGAACUGGAAAAGAGAUUAAAAGAGGCUCCUUUCACACCCCCUAAAGUUGACAGUUCAGAUGGGUUCCCAAGUUACAAUACGGCUACAGAACAAUUGCACGAGGCUGGCUACGAUGCCUACAUCACAGGCCUGUGCUUUAUUUCAAUGGCCAACUAUUUAGGUACGUUCCAGCCCCCAAUAAGCCACAUAUCUGAGCGAUCAAAGAUCAUCCGCCCAUUUUUUAACAAGCUGUUUUUAAUGCGGGUCAUGGACAUUCCAUAUCUAAAUUUGGAAGGUCCAGACUUGCAGCCUAAAAGAGACAAUGUUCUUCAUGUUGCUUUUCCAAAAGAGUGGAAGACAAGUGAUCUCUACCAACUCUUCAGUGCCUUCGGUAAUAUUCAGGUAUCGUGGAUAGAUGACAUAUCGGCAUUCGUAUCACUUAGUCAGCCAGAGCAGGUGCAAAUAGCUGUAAAUACCAGCAAGUAUGCUGAAAGCUACCGGAUCCAGACGUAUGCUGAAUAUAUGGAGAAAAAGAAUGAAGAGAACCGAGCGAAGAGAAAAUGGUCAGAUGAUGGGUGGAGGGAUUUGGAAAGGAAGAGGUUAAAAACACAGUACUCCUCAUAUGUUCCACAAAACAGGGACUUUUAUGUAACCAGGUACUUUACCACUUGA